AGAGCCACGAAGAAAAGUUGGCGCGUAUAAAUCCGGGCGGGAACAUGAGAAGAGUUUACUGGAGUUUUCUGAUGCUCCGUUUAAUUAAUGUAAACAAAGAAAACACGAAGCUACAAGAAAAACUGGGCAGGUGGAUCGACUAUUUCCCCAAAGCUUAAGGAAAGCAGACACGUAUUAGCUUUUCGUGUUUCUAGAUCAUUUUUUAAGUCGGGAUGUCGGAUAAAAGUCUUGUGGAUGAGUUGAGACGCUGGGCGACAGAAGAGUUUAAUCUGCCUCCGGACAGUCUUCCUAACAACAACUAUUUGAAAACACUGUGUGUUGGGAAUGGCAGGUCAAUAUGGAAGUACAUGAUCCAGCACGUUUACUCACAAAGGAAUGUCAGAAUCAUGCGUGGCAACCUGCAAUGGUAUCAAACACUUCAAGACAAAGAGUUGAAAAAGGCGGAAGGCCAGAGCGAGGCUGCAAAGCGCAGAGAGCUUCAAACGAAGAUUGAGCAACUCCGAUCUGAGAUCAUUGUUGUGGACUCUCAGAUUAGAGGAACGGAGGAACAGCUGGCUGCACAAGAGCGAUCCAUCAGUUGCAUCAAAGGCCAAAUAAAGGACAGUCAGUGCAGAGAGCUGAUCCUGCAGGCUUUUAGACAACGCUGCUCUUUGGGUCGUCAAAUACUUUCUGAUGACUUAAAAAAAAUUGAUGGCCAUUGCCAAGGUCUGGAAGAAAUUGCAAGGAAAGCAGAGAUUGAGAUGCUUUAUGAAAGUGAACCUUCAGACAUUAUGGAUGAUAAAAGGGGGAACGUAAAGGGAGGAGCAGAAGCACAAGUUCUACGUGAACUGAGAGCACUGUGUGACGACAGAGUCCAAUUUUAUCAGUCAUUACAAGAGAGCGAGCUCAAACUACCAAACUCUGCCAAUAGACAUAUGACGCGUGAACAGAGGACCACUGUCUACCAAUACUGGCUGAGCUCUGUGGAGAAGGUGUUGGGUGAUUAUCCUCCAAACCAUGUGCUCUCCGCACUGCAGUAUUUAGCCUUUAGAGAGCAAACCGAGCUGGAAAAGAAACUGGUUUCUGCAGACGUGACUCAGGAUCUGACGUCUCUUCGGUUCCAAUAUGAAAGCAAUCGCUUUUUGGAUGUUUCAUUAGAGGAGAAGAAUGAGUUGCCUCCUGUCAAGACUCUCUUAGAGGCUGCUUGGGAAGAGGUGCAGCAGAGUCAGGUGGAGCUGGCCCAGACUCGCCGCAGAGUCCAGGGGCUCAAACAACAGUUGGUGGUCCGUAAGAAAGAGACUGCUGCUGCAGACGAGCUCCACUGUGAUGCUGCUGCCCUGUCAGCACUGGAGGUAGAACUGCAGGGUGUGAUGCAGGCGGCUGCCCUUGAUCACAUCAGAGACUUCUGCAUCCAGUUGGACCGGCAUGCCAAAAGCCGUCAGGAGGCUCUAAGAAGUCUUCACAACCAGUGGCAGAGCAUUCUGGACUUCAGAGAGCUUGUGGCCCUCAGACAGGAGCAAAUAAGAGGUCUGAUUAGGGGAAACUCGACAGGCAAGACGCAGCUAAUCCGCCUUCACAAGGAGCUGCAGGAAUUCAUUGAGGGCAAAGUUUUGCCACAGUUUGCAGACGUCAUAAAUGCAGCCACUGAUCUACGCAACUCUAUUUCUAAGGAGGCCAGACAGUUUGGAUCAGUUUCACUUGUUUCUCUGGACCGCAGGGUUGUUGAUGGUAUUCGGAGAGUUCCUGCAUCAAGUUUGUCAAUCCAUCGCUUGGCGUCUCCAAACUUCAGCAGCUUGUGUCAGAACCUUUCAUUUCCUGUGCACAAGGCACCAGAGGAGCUGUGCUCACAGGCUCGAUACCUGCAGCUGGACUUUCGGUUUCUUCGUCGCUUACUGCAGCUUUACACCACCAGUCUGCAGAACGUACAGACAGAAGCAGAACAACUGCAUGCAUCUGAUCAAAAAGCGCUGCUGAACAGAAUCAAGGAGGAGGAUCAGAGAAUCCUGAAGUCCUUGCUUCCCAGAGCCAGAGGCCUCACACAGGGCUGUGCACAGGCCCUUUCCUACAGAGACCAGUUCCAGACAGCCAUCUCUCACUGGUGGGAUAAACCUGCCCAGCACGUCCUACCUGAAGUGAGUAAAGGAGGACUGACUUUCCAGCAGUGGCUUCAGAGGUGGAAACUUGCUGCCAAAGACUUGUAGCUUGAAACUUUGAACUCUUUUCUGUUGGAGCCACAAAAAUGUCGGUUAUGGUCUGCAGAUGCUGCCUGAGCGGCUGCUAUUUUCCCUGCUCGAUCAUGAAAAAUCAGAAAUAAAUAAAAAUGUUAAACCAAA